AAUACGGACCUAUGGGUUGAUUUUACCUAAGGAUCCACAAAGAGUGGCUCACACUGCUACUUAUACAACAGUCGCCGCACCCCCAUUCAAAUUACAUGAAACCUCUUUUCUUUCCUCCCCCUUCUAUUCAAACGUCAUGGAGGGAGAUUCUCAACACGCCGAGACAUCAGCAACAGGUGCUAAACGCCAACGAUUGAGCUCAGAUGCUAGAAAGCUCCUAAAAGAUUUCGCCGAGCAUGUCUCAUUGCAUCCUGAUUCAUACCAAAGACAACACUUGCUUGACCAGGUGCGACGCUUGCACGGAUGUGGACAGACCGAUGCCAAACAUAUAAACUCGUGGUUUGCACGCUACCGCGCUUCCGUGAGGAAGAAAUCAACGCAAGAUGACGACAAUAUCCUGUUUCCGGAUUUCACGUCAGAGCAACUCGAUGUACUAAGGCCGUUGAUGCGAAACAAUCCGUUCCCCAAGAAAGAAAUGGUGGACAUCUGGUCUGUAUGCAUCAAGGCAGAACCCGAGCAAGUAAACAAGUGGGUCUCAUAUCAUCAAGCAAAGGCCGCGCCACCGACACUGCGAGGGACGUCGGAACAGUCUAUGAGUGUAUCGCCCACCGCACCACUUCCUCAUCUUCCUACACCUGCAAGGUCACUAUCACCUGCUCAUGCUCGCGGCAUGUCAUUACCAUUGAUUGCAACAAAGGAUGAACCUCCCCCCACCAGUCCUUUAUGGCCCACUCCCGCAACAUCUGUAUCACACACGAGCUCGCCGCAGCAUGCGACGGUGGGUUCAGACGUCCUUGAUGAACUCCACCCGCCUUUUACGCGAAGGCCUUCUUUAAAUGGUCCCCCACCUCUGCGUGGUGUUCCUGCAACGAUAUUAUCUCCAGCAAAGCAAUUGGCAAAAGACAUAAAUGAUAGCAUAACAUCACAUCGUCCAGGCUCAACACGCAAGCCCUCUACACAUGCAGAGUUCAAUGAUAUGUUCAAGCCGUACGAAAAGAUAAUGACGCAGUUUAUUCACGAUGUUGAGAGCGGAAAGUUGCAACAUUUGGGUUGGGAGCCUGGUGAGUUGAUGAUUUACUGACUUUCAAGUUGUUGAAGUGAUAUGCCAUCAGGUUUGCGCAAAGCAACAUGAAUGUAUCAUCCUGAUUGAAUCCAUUGGAACCACUUGUAUCAUUAUCUCUACUGAGUGCUCGCAUGCCUCGUGCAACCAUUUUGCUGUCCUUGUCAUUUAUGUCAAUAUGACAUACGGAGUAGCAUGUGAAUCUGUUUGGUUCAGCACACUAGUAUCAUAUUGAUAGUAUAAUAAUGAAGCACUGGUGGUGAUACGGUCUAGGUCUCACUGAGGCCGCCCUGAUGAUGUGUACUAGUAGGAGCGUCACUGACCAAGUCAGAUGCGGCUAACACGCUGAUAGUAUAAACAAGGAUGUGACUAUAUCCAUAUCCUCGCUUUUCUCUUUGGCUGUGACAAGCACUGAAGACCAAAACCUCAGAUCUGGCGUGUGCCGCAUGCGUGCUCUCUUCAAACAAACUUGCAACGCACAUCCAUUCCGCGCUCCGUCGCAGUCUCGGCAUGA